AUGGCAGGUCUUGCCAAUGUUCAGUCAUAUUCUGGCCUCGACUCUCCGCAAGACCCGAUCAUAUCGAGCGGCGACUACGUACUCACAAUGUGCCAAGAGCCAGUCAUUGGACUUGUGGCAGGUGGGAAAGACAAGGAUCGGAAGCCACUAGACCCUCCCCCGGUUGUGAAGCUUGACGUGUCACACCAGCGCGAUCCAGCAGGACUAUUCCUAUCGAAUCCAUACAACUUCCUUACGUGCCAUCUAGUCAAAGUUGGAGACCACAACAUCGAAACGCCCGUUCCCGGAAACAAACUCGUCGGUACAGUCGUCUCUUCGCUGCAUAGGCUCAAAGACAAAGAUAAUCAGGACGUGGCGUAUUUUGUCUUUGGCGACGUUUCUGUCAAAGUGGAAGGGCGUUUUCGUCUAGUUUUCACCCUUUUCGACAUGGGCGGUCAAGACUGCACGCAACUCGCGUCGAUCAAGUCUCAGCCUUUCAAUAUCUUUCCAAACAAACUAUUCCCAGGCCUCAACGAGUCAACCUACUUGACCCGCGCGAUUAACGAUCAAGGCGUGCGUGUCAGAAUACGCAAAGACUCUCGGCAAUCUCAGACUUCGAAGCGCAACAAACGAGUUGCUGAGCGGUUCAACGACUACAUGGACAAUACUCGGCCCCAGCAGCGCCAAAGAGAAGGUCUUCCCCUCGGGGUCAAUUAUCCUUCGAGUGGUGUGGGCAUAGACAACGUCUUUGGGUCCUUGGCUCCUAACAUGAGCAUGAAUCCGUUCCCCUCACCAGCCCACAGCAGCGAUAGUGGCCUUCCUUCGAGCGUCAGCAUGCAUGGCAGCAGCGGCCCCCCAGCAGAUCGCUUCCCUGAUUCGGGCCACGGACUGUGGGGUCGGGACUACUCCUGA